UGUCAUGGCUCAUCUAUAGAUGAUGGGAUGAUUCAGAGUGAUGAUGGCCUGGAUAUGAUGGAUGAUUCAUUUGCACACUCUGGUGAUGUGGAUUUGCAGUAUGCACGCCACGUUAUUGUCCUCACAAAGACAAAUGACAUUACAAAAAUUAAGGGCUGGAGGAAUAAACAAUUCGCUGUUAAUGAUAAUCCGUCUCGUUACUCUGGCUUUAGCAAUGAGGCUUUUGAAGAAGAUGAUGGCUUUGAAAGCUGUGAUGUUAAAACAACAGAUGAGACAAACAUGGAGGAAGAUCAGCAAAACCACUGGUAUUCUGAAGACGCCAAACAUGAUGAUACAGACCUAGUAGGUACAUUCAUUAGAGAUGAGGACAGUCAGGUAACAGAGGAGAGGAUUGGCAGCGCCAGUCUUGGGAAACAGAAAAUCAACCCAGUAAAAGAUGAUGUAAUGUUGAGUUCUGGAGCUGUUAUCCGGCCUGAGGCAGUUGAACCUUUGAAACAUCUUCAGGCGAGCAUUACCGAGACUAAUAAUUCCAAAUCUGCCUUUGUAAGUGAUGUAUUGGACAACUACCUUUCAGCCCAUUCUCAGCUCAAUGUUAGCUAUGAAAUUCCAAAACUAGGUGCAGAGGAAGGAAUAACACACCAUUCAAAACAUGAGACAGACCAAUUUCUUUCUCCUUCACCUCCCAAACCCUCACAUACAGUUUCAGAGAAACCGUCUGUACCAAGAAAAACUGGGCCAAAGCCCAAAACUUUAGCGGAAAAAAGAAAACUGUUAGAAAAGGAAAUGCGUGAGGCCGAAUAUAUUAAAGGCCACAAAAAAAGACAACGGGGAAGGCCAAGAUUGCAUCCUAAAAAUGAACCUGUCACACCAAUAAAGUUUCAAAAACAUUUUGAGUCUAAAAUGCCUGUCACUCUGAAAAUCACACCUUCAGUGCCAGAAAAAGAAGAUUUGGAGCAGAAAGUCUUCUCUCUGGAUCCUGACUAUAAAUACGCUUGGAUUGGAAAGAGACCAAUACGAAUUACUGGAAGUAACGUGAACAGGGAACCCACUGUUAAUGAGCAUGUUUUGUUAUGUAAUGUUGAGCCACAAAUUAAACUGAAUCCUACUCAUGUUUCAAUUGCAUCUGAUAUUACAAAGGAUAAAAAUGAAGUUAACACUGAUACAAAGUUAUCCUAUGAAACAAGAGAAUGGAAUAACAGUACGGAAAACAUAACAGCUUGCAGUGAUUUACAGCCACAUUCAUCACAUGAUUCAACAAAUCCUUAUGAAUAUGGAGUGGUGGUUUUUCCUGGUGUAGGUCACCCAUUACAUCCCUUCGCUAUUAAACAUCUCAUGUUUUUGAGAAGUUCAGAGGUUUGUAUAGAUAGAAAAUGGGCUGAAUUUGCUGUUGCAGUUGUUACAUCACGCAAGGAUAUCGGCAAUCAUGAACAAACAGAAAAACACGUGAUUCUUGUGAGACACACGCUUCCCUUUCAGGAUUUAAAUUUGGAGACUAAUUCACCCAAAAACAAUGAGAUUUCUCCAUCAGAGUCUGGAAAUAUAUCCUUAAAUACUGAAAUUCCCAGAGACUGUGAUUUGACUUCUUCAUCCUUUAAAAUAACACAGAUGUCUCCAAACCCAGAAUUAUCGAAGCCUAAUCUAAGUUGUACAAAUACUGAUAGUUCAGUAGGGUCAGUAGAGAUUGAUCUUGGAGCCAAGUCUGUGAAUCAUAACAAUGGUAAAGCAGAUAAGAAUCUUUCAUCAAAUUCCAGUUUUGAGCCAUGUGAUAUGGUGCUAAUAGAAGUCAAAGUCAUUCUUACAGAGAUGAUAGAUUGUGUUUUGAAUCAUGAAAUAGAGAAUACAAUUAUACAAGAUGAUCCUGAUGCAGCAAGUUCAGUUACAGUGAUAACUCCGAAGUGUUCUAAGAAAGUUGUCAGCAAAUACAUGAAGAACAAAGUGUAUCGGGAACUUAACCGAUUAAAUGUGAAUGUUAUUGUCAUGGGAGAAGACAGAAAUGGUUAUGUGGAGAAAACGAAUGGAGAUUCCUUCUGUGAACAAGAUUUCUGUCGAUUAGGUUGCGUGUGUGCUAGUCUUGAGGCCUGCCAGUCUAAUGCAGCAUUAUCUGACCACUGUGGCAAUGCAGAAUGCAUGUUUGAAUGUUGUUGCCAAGAACCUUCCACAAACCAGUCAAGUAGCAACUCUGCUGAAGAAAAGCCCUCACUCUUGUACAGUACAGCAAUACGUUUGCAAGAUGAGGGAAACAGGCACCUUGCAAAAGUAGAGAAGGAAUUCCGACACACAGUGAUACAGUCAAAGAAUGAGGUGAUUGUUAUUGGUGGUGGCAGUAAUAGUGAUGGAGGAAGGCGUCGUAGGGAGAAAAAGUUGCCUGAGAGGUAUAGGGAUUCUUCUCUUGUUCUUGGUAAGGAGUUUGCAAUGGCUGAAUUCAAGAUGAUGACAGGUGAGGAUAUAAAUGCUACAUCAGCUCUGUCCGGUAAUACAAAUACUAGACGUGAGCGACAGCUGUAUGUACCAAAUUAUGUGGAAUUAGGAGUACUUAAGUCACCAGCAGCAAGUAUCGCAAAACCACCCCGCAGGUCUUCAAGGGGGAAAUUAACUCUUGACCAGAAGAUGUCACUUUUGUGUGAACACUUCAAGGUUAAGUCUUGUAAAGUUCGUAUUGAAAGAAUGGAAGGAUUAGAAGGUGUUGUGCCAUGGUGUAUGGUUCACUCAAGAUACAACUGCUUUUGUUCUGGACAGAGCUUAAAACCAUUCAAGAGAAUGUUCUACCGACCUAUAGAGAGACCUCCACCAGUUCCAAGCGUACCUCUUGAUUCGACCGGAACAAAAGUGGAUACUGUGAAACAGCAUUGUGCUUCUAGAAAUGUGGCAGUGAAGAGCACAAGUCACAGUACAACCAUUCAUACUCAUAAUGUGAAUCAUCAUUCUGCUCGUACAAGUGGCACUACUGUAAACUAUUGUCUUCGUAAUCAGUCACAUUCGUUCCAAAGGCAGCAUGAGAGAAUUCAUCUUGAAGACUCUGAGACAAUGAAAAAUGUAAUCAGUGCUCAUUACUCGCCAUUCACACCGCCUGUAAACAAAAUCUCUAAAUUAGAUAUGAUGCCAGGUGACUCUGUGACGUCUGCCCCCUUUUCAUUAAAUGAACAGGGAAUCAUGCCCAAUAAUUCUGAUCUUGUAAAGGAUAAUGAGGAAGUUGGCUUUGGCAAGAUUGUAAGCAUCACAUCUCUCAGACCAGAAGAAUUUGAGAAGUGUGGAUCAGUGGAUCAGUCACAUGAUGAUGAAGAUGAAGAAGAAAAGGAAAAAGAAGAAGAAGGAGCCUGUAAUGCGGACAUGUUUCUAAAUCCUGAAAGGCAGUCAACAGAAUUUUUGUCUGGUGGAACAAAUAUAUCAGAAGGUAGUGCUCACUUAAUCCAAACUAAAAUGAAAACACUUAAUUUCCCCAGAGAGCAAGAAUGUCACUCUGAAGAACAAUCUCAUGAAAAUGAAAUAUUUGGAAAACCAUCAUCAGCACUAAUUCCUAUUUUACCAGAAGGUAGCAACGAUAUAAAUUCUGUGCGGCUGGCAGAACUGAUAUCAAAGAAAGACUCUGAGCUUAGAAGCAUUUUGGAAAACUGCAUUGUGCCACUGAAUCUGUCCCAAACUACUAUUGGUUCAAUUCAGUUAAUCAAUUGGAAGAUUCUUUUGGACCAGGUGGAGCGUAAAAUAUAUCAUCUAUGGUUGCAGUAUAAGCAUGGGUCUGUGCCUAAACUUAUUGUUACAGGAACUGCUGAUAAACCUGAUCAAUACUGCAUCAGUCUGCAUAAUACUUAUCCUCAUUCCCUUCCUGAUUUUCACAGUAAAUUACCACCAUUUAUUAUUUUCCUUAUAGAGCAAUUAUGUAUCAGUAGCAGAAUACCUGGUAUUAAUUCAGGAGGCAUAAAUUGUUUUGGACUCCUACAGUUUGAUGGGAACAACUGGGUGUUGGUUGGUUCUUUUCAGAGGAAUAUCAGAGAAGUUGAGCAGAUUCAGACCACAGAACAAGCAGGCUAUCGAGAAACUUCUAAAAGUCAGCAGCAGGAUCAUAUAUCAGUUGAAACUUCCCAGAAGGAAAUACCUGGAGUCAUAAUUGGAAAUGAAUCUAGCAUUUCAGGUGAAAAAGAAAUUACAAAGGAAGAGGAGGAAGAAAUUAAGAAGUUUAAUCAGGAGAACGAAAGUAAUAAGAAUGCAGUUGCUUCAUGUAGUUCACCUCACAAGAAUUUAAGGAAACGCCUGUGUGAUAUUGACAGUUCACAGGAAAGUGUGAAUGAAAAUUUACAAGUAAAUGAAGAACCUUCUGUAAAACAGCAUGGACAGAAACAAGAGAGCUAUCUAGAUCCUAAUGUUUCAUUACAGGAACAAGAUUCGCCUGUUUGUGAAUCAAUCCUUUGUGAAACUACUGGGAUACUCAUAGAUCCUAAUAAACCAUUGGGACCGCAGUUGGUGCAGGCUCGCUCUGUGGAUAUUACAGGAACUCUUGCAGAUUUGACAGAAACCUGUAGAGGUCAUAAUGAACAUAUUGGUAUGGUUUCUUAUGGUGAAUUAACUUCAGAUGGUGUAAGUAAUAAUGACCAGACUGUGAUAAACUGUGUAGAACAGAAGUUUGUUACUACAGGUCUAAAAUCUGUUGCUAGAGAAGUAGUUCAUCUUCCUGAUACUCCUCUUUCAGUUCAGAAUUUAUCCACACAGUCGCCAGAAUCUGUCUGUUGCAAAUCUGAUCCAAAGGUAAUUUGUUCACAGGAACAAAUCAAGAGUGAUGAUAUCUUGAAGGGUAAUGACUGUGAGAUAACAAUGGUGGUGAGUCAGGAACAAAUAUCUCUUAUUUCAGAAGAAACAAAGGAUACUACUAAUCUGGAAUCUGCUAUGGAACAUCCUCUGCCAUCUUCCACUGGCAAAACACCUGUCACUUUUUCUGCUAACAGCUGUAAUUUUGACAGCAUUAUUCAUACUUCAGGGGUUGAAGUUCCACUUCCAACAGGACCUGAUCCUGCUCGAUGGUACAUGUUAAAUAUAAGAAGUCAUUUUGAUUUGCUACAUAUUGCUCAUAGUAAGUGCAUCAUUAGAUAUUCACAGCUGCUUCGAGCUGUCUACUUGGCUAACAGUCAUCGUAAAACUGUCCGUGUACCACUACAGAAGAUACCCAAAAAGGAAAUAAACAGUAAGAAUUCUCAUGUGUCAGAUGACAAAAAGCAAGCUCCUGAUACUACUCAACCAAAAUUUGGUGUGUAUACUGUUCCAAACCUCUAUACUCGAGUUUUCAUUGGUCCAUAUGGUCUCAGAGAUGAGGCUGGUGUGUGUGCUAUCAAGAUUGUAAACGGCAAAUUGGUAAAUACAAUGUACUUAGAUAAGGAAUCCAAUUCUUCAGCUGACACAGAUGAGAGUUUCACUUCAUUAUUGAAAUCUGGUGGAAAAGAGGCAAUUCUGAACAAGAAGAUGGAACAGUUGUAUGAUAGUGUAGCGCUACCUCCAAAAGAUGGUGGAGUGUGUCGAGGUCUGUGGCUAUACACAGCCAAAUCGGAAGACAGAAAGAGCAAAGUAAAGAAUGUAAAGGCAUCUGUUGUAAGCCUAGAUUGGAAUGGAGUGUCAUCAGGCAAUAGUUCUGCUCCUUUACCUGUAACAGGGAUGGGCGAUGGGAAAUCCAACUUUGCAGUGGAUAGAAAGGAGUCAUAUACUGAGUGUCAUGCAGAAAUGGAAGACAGCAAAUCACAUAGUGAAAAUGGAAACAUUGCACAGUAUUCAUUAAAGGAUGGUAUUGGAACUGAGUCUAGAAGACAAGGGUCAAGACGUAAACAGACCCUUGAACUGAAGAAUGACGUGCCUGUAACAAUCAGCUGUCAUAAAAUUUCAGUACAUAAGACUUCAAGAGACAUGGGACAAGAGUCUGUUAAGGAGGAAGGAGAAAAUGUGGAUGGUUCACAUUUGGCAGUUACUGAAUCUUGCCCAAGUACUGCAGAUGUAUUUUCAUCAGUGAAAUCUGAUAGUGAUGAAGAAAUACUUGAUGUGGAAACACCCUGUGACACAGGAGAAUUGUUUCGUAAGACAUAUUUGUUGAUGAAGAAGAAAACUAGAAGGAACAUAAAUAUUUUAGAAAACUUGCAGAAACAGUUUGUUCCAGGAUCCAGAGGUGAUGAAGCAUCAACAAUAUCUAUGUGUGGUACAGCAUCUGUUAACAGUGUGGAUUCUGUGUUGAAAAACUCAUCUGAAGCUCCAAAGGAUGCAGAACCACUAUUUCCACAAGGGUCACCAGUGAUGUCAGUUGGGAAAACCGCUGUGGAGAUCAAACUCGUACCUUCCAUUCCCAGUGUUGGCUACAUAAAAGCUGUCAUGUACCAUAACAAAUCUGUUAUGCUAAAAAGUCCAUUCUCUCUGCAGGGUGAAAGGGUUUACUUCAAGAACUUGGAAACAGCUUCACAUUGGCUUACAGAUGAACUAAAGAAGAAAGUAGAGUUUAUUCCACAUAACAUUACACUUUUAUGGAGAGUUAAACAUGCAACUGUGGAUACCAAAUUUUGCGAACUGUUUAAUUGCAAAAUAUUGAAUGGGAGUCAUUUCUUAACAGAGAUAGGAGUGUUUGGACGACAACAAAAGAGCACUGUAGCGCAUACCAGCCUUGAGCCUGAGUUGCUUCAUGGCUUCCACAAACUUGGGUCCACAUUCUUGUCAGAAGAGCAACUUUGUAGAACCGACAGUGACAACAUACUUAAGCUGGCUAUAAAUGAAGUUAAAAAUGUUGAUCUUACAAAUAUGAAGCUCCUGUCAGAACUGGAGGUACUCAGUAAGAGAAGACUAACAAAUUUUUCAAGAUUCUAUCAGUUAUUGAAAGCUCUUCCAUUUGUUGAAGACAGAAAUAGGGAAAUGGCCAAGUUAAAAGAGGUUUUAGGUGACAAGAUUCCUGUUGUUUUUAAUGUAAAUGCAACUUUCAGUGAUGCAUCAUCCAGGAAAUCUAAGGAUUCUUCUCAUCAUGCUCAGAAUGUUUUGCCUUCACACAAGUUUGAUAGAGAAAACAGGAAUGAAAGUAAUCCAGGUGAUUGCGUAACAAAUGAAAAUUGUGUGGGAGACAGUGUUAUCAACACAGAAAUGGUAAAUAAUGAAAAGCCACUGAUAGCUCACUCUUUGCAAUUAAAAGAGGGCGUGGAUGAUGAUUCUGUUUCUGUGAGCAUUUCAGUUGUGCAAGAUGAUGAACCAGUGCCAACUAUAUCAGACGCCGAGGACAGGGAUGUGGUGACAGUAACUCGAAUUCCACGGGGGUGUGUUGAAGAUAAACUCCUCCAGGAUGUAGUAAAUAGAAAACAUAAGUCAUUUGUUAGCAAAGCUGAAGAUGCCAUUCAUUCCAAAUUUAGUGCUUCAGGAAAGCAAAGGAAAUCAGAAGUUACAACUGUUCUGGACAUACUGCAAGUUAUUCCUUCAAAACCAAAUACUGAUACAUCUGAAAGGCAAGAUAAUCAUAUAGUUAAAAUGGAUGAAUUAAUUGGUUCUCCUAGUAAAUCUGAGAAAGAAGUAAAUGACAUCUCACCUGAAAACUUGAGUACUGUUGGCAUUUUGAAGAAGUCAUCAGAUGAAUCCAUAGGAUUCAUUAGGUUUCCUGCUGUGCAAAAAAUAAAUAAAUCAGAGGAAGUCACAAGGAAGGCAGUCUCAGAACAAAUUGUUCAGAAAGAGCCAAGAAAAUUGUUAAUGGGGUCACUUGAUGUUAAAGAUGCCGUCCCAGACUCGGCCAAAAAUCGGAUUGACACCAAUGAGGAGAUAGAUGUAGGGGGUUCAGUUUCUAAUGGUGGUGGUGUGUGGUACACUUUGAUGCCCUCAGAGAGAAAGAGAAUUUCUAUUUCUGUUGACAACAAGACAAUCAGGACCUCAACUUCACCUGGAGCGAGACAGGACACAAAUUUUAUAUUGCAUAAUGCAGAUAAGUUUAAUUUAAAACAACAACAGCUCGGUUUAAACUCAUCUGGAAAUUUAAUACUGCCUAAUAACGUGAAUGACGUAGAAGACGGCCUUCUCAAAAAAGUACGAACGCACCAGUUGAGUAGGAAUCUACAAAAUAAUUGUGUAAAAGCUGAUAAUUCUGCUGAAAAAGACAUUGCUGUAAAAAACCCAGUCAGUGAUUUGCCUACACAAAUGAGCAUCUCUAAGAGUCCCAGUACAAAUGAGACAGUGUCCGUUAGUGCUCCAUCACUGAAGGGAAACAUUCUUCACGGCCAGAGUUCUGAUUUAAAAUAUGCUGUUUUCGACAAUUCUAAAUGUAAAUUGGUUUCUGGAAGAGUUCUUUCAGGAAAUAAAAUGGGGCACCAUGUUCUAACAAGUGGCCAAAUUGGGAAAAAUAUAAAUUCCCUGUCUUGUACCGAUGCUGCACAGAAGAUAGGAACUGCCACCCCUGUGUUUGUGGCUGUUUUACCAUCAGCAUGUUCAAAUACAACUAUGACCAGCAGCAGCAUUAGUGCUAGUACAGUGAAAAACAGCGUGGCCAAUGAUGAAGGCAGCAACCAACGAACUAAACAGGUCAGACCUCAGAUUGCAUCCAGUGUGGGUCACCCUUCCAGUCAUUUUGUUCACGUAUUGCAACCAGUCAACAGAAAAAAUUUAUGUGCUGCUGGAAAUAGGUUGAUCGGUUUUGAGAGAAGUAAGAACAAUCAGUACCUGAUCUGCAAUGGACACCAAGUCUAUUCAGCACCCGUAUGUUAUCCAGUAUAUGUUCCAACACAAUCACCAUCAAGUGUGGUUAAAAACUCUAAGAAUUUAAACAGUGGUGCUAAUAUAAAUAGUAUUCCAUUGCUUGCGGUUGCGAAUCCAAACACUAGUCUUAAUAAAGAUUGCCACCGUUCACUGGAAUCUUCAAUAGUUAAACCUGUGCAGCCAUCAAAACUCAGCACAAACUCUUUAAAUCCGACUAUAGAAAUAGAACGACUUCAACCUGGUGUGUGUGCUGCUGUUGUACCUGACAAAGUGAGAAAAAUAUCUUGUGAUCUGGUCUCCGAUACAUACGUACCUACAACCAAUAGUUUUCCAAAAUCGACUUUAACAACUCGCUCAACUCAUACAAACUCUACUGCAUCUCAUGUUUUGAUGCGAGAUCUUGUGAAUACAGCACAGAAUAAACCUGUAGUAUCUGUCGUAAGUUCAGAUUCACACGCAGCCACCAUACUCCCCCCAAAAUUAGAAUCAUCCUCAGGUUUCAUUCCAGUUUCAAGGAAAGUACCUUCUGCCAGUCAUUAUAAUUUAAAGAAGAACCCUACAUUUUGCUUUAGAACUGCUGCUUCUAACAUCUCAAUAAGCAAAAUAAUCACAACUGACGUGAAGUCGAUGGAGCCAGAGCCGUUUAAUCUGAAUGUGGCAUCACCUGUUUCUUCUAGAAGACUUUUCAUGGAAAGUGUUACAGGGUUUUCAGACAUUACAUGCAGUAAGAAUAGUGUUUACAAUGGUAAUAGGAUUGCGAGUGAAAAAACUGAAAAAGUUAGCGAUAGACAACCAGUGGUUGCAGAUAUGGCAGUGACAAGUAACAGAAGUGAAAACAGAGAAAUCUCUGAGAACAAUGGUUCUGUUGAUGUUAGAUCUGAAACUAACUUUUCUAUUCUUGGCUUAUCAGAUGAAAAAUCUCAGUGUGACAUAUCCAGUGGUAGAACAUCAGAUGAGAAGUUACGAAAUAAAAGCGUUUACAGUGUUCGAGCAUCAGCUAAAAAACUAUUAGAUAGAUCUGCAAUGUCUUUGCCAAAACAAGAUUCCCCCAAUACUUUAAGUCCAAAAUCAAAGUCUAAAGCUCAAGAAGACACUGGAAAUACAGCAAAACAUAUGGUAAGGGCAGGUUCUGGGAGAAAUAGGACGAAGUCUCCAGUAGAAAUGAUGGUAACCAGAAGUAGCAGUAGAAGGAAAUUAGUAUUAUACAAAUUAAAAUCUUGUACAUGAUUGUAAAUAAUUACAUUUUGUGAGUUUUCUAAAAUAUCUAAACUGUUAAAUAUUCAUGUAAUAUAUAAUAACCUGUUAGAAAUGGCAAGUGAUAACUAUUUUGUAUGUUCUUUAGUUUUGAAUACAGUGAAUGUUCUUUUUAUAAAAGUAAGUCAUAAUGGAAUUUUGUUUGUGAUAUAUUAGUAUGUUACUGAUAAGUUACCCAUACACGUGUAUAAAUUAUCAGUGCUGAAAAUUUGGCAUCCUUUAAUUUGUAACCAAAAAAGUAUCUAUUCUAUAUGUCAGUAUAAACUUUGCAAUCUCAAGUGCUAGUAACAUUAUAUUUGUAUUAUUACUGUUCAUUUUGAAGUAUUUGUUUUUAUAAAAUAUGUAAUUUUAUCAAAAAUGUUAAAUAAGGUUUUAGAAUGACAUAA